GUAUUUUAUUAAUAAUAAUAUAGGGGCCCGAAUUUUAAGACGAAGCGUUCUUUAGAAGAUUUCUACUGUUUCCCGCCAAAGCGUGCUUUUCUCCCUCUAUCUGCCGCUGCCUGUACGCUUCAGUUUGUUCAAAUUUUUGUUAGGUCUUAAUUAUCAAAGAAAUGGAGGAAGAAAAUGAUGUUUAUUAUGUUGUACGGAAAGGAGAUGUUGUUGGCAUUUAUAAAAGCCUAGCUGAUUGUCAAGCUCAAGUUGGAUCUUCGGUAUGUGAUCCUUCUGUAAGUGUGUUCAAGGCUUAUGGUUUGCCUAAAGAAGCUGAGGAGUACCUAGUCUCGCGCGGCCUUAAGAAUGCUGCCUAUUGUGUCCAUGCUGCUGAUGUUCAAACUGAACUUUUUGGAAAACUUGUUCCUUGCCCUUUCCAGCAACCGGCUUUUUAUGGGGUCAAAGCAAUAGAGAAGGAUUUUCCACUGAAGAGAUUCCAAGGAAUGCCUGGAUUAGUGCAGGGAAUAAGUGGAUCAACUUCAAUUUCAACAAAUACUCAGAAAGAGCAUCUGAAAUGGGAUAAUAGUGCUGCAACUAAAGUGAUGUCUUCUCGUUGUUCCUCUUGCAUUCUUGAGUUUGAUGGUGCUUCAAAAGGAAAUCCCGGUCCAGCUGGUGCUGGAGCCGUGCUGCGUGCUGAAGAUGGAAGCAUGGUCUUUCGACUUCGUGAGGGGUUGGGCUAUGCAACAAACAAUGUUGCUGAAUAUCGAGCUGUAAUUUUGGGACUGAAGCAUGCACUAAAGAAAGGUUUCAAGCAUAUUCGCGUCCGAGGAGACUCAAAUCUUGUCUGCAUGCAGAUAAAGGGUCAAUGGAAAAUCAAAAGUCAGAAUAUAACCGACUUGUGUAUAGAAGCCAAGGACCUCAAGGAUAAGUUUUUGUCAUUCCAGAUUGAACAUAUUGUUAGGGAACUGAACACUGAAGCUGACAUGCAAGCAAAUCUGGCUGUUAAUCUCAGAGAUGGCCAAAUUGAAGAAGAAUGUAGUAGAAAGUAAAUUCUUAAGUACUAGGAGGUAGCAGUAAAUAUGUAUGGUUUUCACUGCUAUAAACUUGUGAAUUUGCUGAUUUAGAAAAUACAAGCUUUUGGUUCCUUA